GAGUUAUAUUUCUGAGGGAUUCUAUGAGCAGAAUACUUGAAGUCAUGCCUGCAUUUUGAUUUGUUUGUUGUGUUUUCAAACAUAACUUUCAUUGAUCACUGGAUGAGUCUUCAUACAGGUGAUCGCUGGAUGAGUCUUCAUACAGGUGAUCACUGGAUGAGUCUUCAUACAGGUGAUCGCUGGAUGAGUCUUCAUACAGGUGAUUGCUGGAUGAGUCUUCAUACAGGUGAUCACUGGAUGAGUCUUCAUACAGGUGAUUGCUGGAUGAGUCUUCAUACAGGUGAUCACUGGAUGAGUCUUCAUACAGGUGAUCACUGGAUGAGUCUUCAUACAGGUGAUCACUGGAUGAGUCUUCAUACAGGUGAUCGCUGGAUGAGUCUUCAUACAGGUGAUCACUGGAUGAGUCUUCAUACAGGUGAUCACUGGAUGAGUCUUCAUACAGGUGAUUGCUGGAUGAGUCUUCAUACAGGUGAUCACUGGAUGAGUCUUCAUACAGGUGAUCACUGGAUGAGUCUUCAUACAGGUGAUCACUGGAUGAGUCUUCAUACAGGUGAUUGCUGGAUGAGUCUUCAUACAGGUUAUUGCUGGAUGAGUCUUCAUACAGGUGAUUGCUGGAUGAGUCUUCAUACAGGUGACAGACAGGGGCGAGUGGGAUGAACAUUAUCAGAGUAUAUGCCUGAUUUAUGACAUUGUAGUCUUUGUGGUUCUCAUUGUAGUUUGUUUUGU